AUGCUAACAUUUAUAUUAUUUAUAGUAUUAACGACUGCAAUAGAGACUAACGUAAAUUUAAAGGGUGAGACAGUAUCAAUAUCAGACGUUGAACCACCAUCAGGGUUAUCAAAGGUUGAAGAACCACCAACAGUACCAACAAAGGUGGUAGCAUCACCAGAAGGAGAUUCAACAAACUCCAUGACACCAGGUGCUGUAUCAACAACACCUGCAGAAUCACCACAAUCACAAACAGGAGUAGAACCAACAAAAGGAUCAUCACCACUUCCACAACCAUCAAAAGAACAAACACAGUCACAAACAUCAUCUACUCCAACAUUACAACCAUCAGCUGAACCGCAACCAAAAGAACCAACACUAAAUACAGCAACUGAACAACCACCAACAAAACCAAGUCAAGUAGAACCAUCACAAUCAACAGAUACAACUCAAGGACAGAAACCAGAUGGGUCAGCACAAACAAAAAACACAGAAUCAAAUUCACUACCACAACCACCAACACAACCAAAAAAUGAAGUAACAAAAACAACAGGAGUCACUGAACCAGCAACAGGACAAGCUUCAAAUGCAGAACCAGCAAAAGAAAAUUUACCAUCUGGAGAUUCAGUACCAAUUCCACAAACAGAACCAUCUAAUGAAACACCACAGUCACAAAAACCAGCACCAGAUGAUGCAGGAUCAUCCCCAUCAUCAACUACAACAACACAAGACAACCCACAAACAACAUCUCAAAAUACAAACACACCAGUGCCAGUAACAACAUCAGAUAAUUCACAGAAAGAAUCUCCAACAACGCCAGAUACAACAACUACACAAUCAGAUAAAUCAUCUGAUAAACAAACGGAUAAAACACCAGUAUCAACACAAACACAUUUACCAAACAAAAACGAAACAACAAAUGGAACAGAAAAUAAUAAAAUGAAUAAAACAAAUGAUGAAUUGAAUGAACAUAAUAAUCUUAAUGGCGUGUCUUCAAUCUUUAUUGCUCUUUCUAUUGUUAUCAUUUUUAUUCUCUUCUAA